UCCAAGCAAACAUGUUAACCUUUCCCUUUCCCUUUCCCACAAAUAAGAGUGCACACUUUCAAUUUGUGCGAGAAGGAUUUGCCCAUAAAUGAAAUUCAUCUAAGGAGGAAUUAUUUUAUGUAAUAGUCAAAAGAUUUGUUGAGACAGAGGGCAUGACAAAAGAAUCUGACAUCCUGGACGCCUUUGAAAAUAUUCACCAAGCGUGUUUGACAGAAAUUGAUCCGAAUCUCACCUUGAAAGAGUGUGUUGUCACGUUCAUGGUCCUAAAAGAAAGGUACCGUACGUUUAAAUAUUUGAUCGACACACCGAACGCGGUUUUUGACGUCAACGAUAAAUACGUACAUCUUGACGGGUAUCAACGGGAGAUUGCAAUCGAGCACUGGCCACUAGGAGAGCAUUAUUUUAACAAUCCAGAGCCUAUGUGGGAUACCCUUAUGAGGACAUUUGCCGAUUUAAGCCUGAACAACUACCCGGAUGAAGAGUUUUGGAAAAGGCACUCAGAUUUUACGACGUUUGAUCAAUUGAUAGCCGACUAUUGGGCCGAAGAGGCACGCCAGACGGCGCGUAGAAGGAGGCGUUCAAAAAUAAAAACCAUUUUGGCUGCAUUGUUCGAUUAACAGUGUCAAUGUAUUUUCAAUUUAUGUAUUAUGUAAUGUUGCGAAGUGUUUGUACCUGCUUUGCCUAAAUGAAUAAAGA